GCGUGAGCUGAUCGUCUUAUUCUAUCGGGCUUCUUCUACGAUGACCUCAUGAACCUCGCUCGCGACUGGCCGUAGCAUUCCGACUUCGGAUUGUUUUCACAGUAGCACUCAAUUAUCUCCUUUUCCCCAAAUCAAAGAACCCUGAUGUUCUCCCGAAUCUCACAGAUCACGCGGCACCUCUCCCCAUCAUUCGGCCAAGCCACCCAACGCUCGUUCCUAAGUAAAAUGGCUUCGGCAGACCAGCGCAACUUGCGCACCAUCAACACCGCUGCAUGCUUGAUUAUUGGAGAUGAAGUCCUCGGUGGGAAGACAGUAGAUACCAAUUCAGCAUAUCUGGCAAAAUGGUGCUUCUCGCUGGGAAUAGUAUGUUGCUGUGAUUCGUUCUCCCAGCGUUGUGCUAACGCAGUCCUACAGAGCUUGAAAAGAGUCGAAGUCAUUGAGGAUGAUGAGAGCGAGAUCAUCGAAGCCACGAGGCGCAUGAGCGAACGAUAUGACUUUGUCGUGACGAGUGGCGGGAUUGGACCUACUCACGACGACAUCACAUACCAGUCGAUUGCAAAAGCCUUCAACCUACCGCUGAAACUGCACAAGGAGGCUUUCGAGAAGAUGAGACGGAUGUCCAAGACGUCAAAGCAGCAGCCUGAUUUUGACUGGGACACCGACUCUCCAGCCCUCAGAGCCAAGCUGCGCAUGAUUGAGCUACCUACCGAUGAUUCGCGUGACAUGAACAAGCAGUUCAUCUUUCCUCAUGAAGAUCUGUGGGUUCCCGUCGCCGUCGUCAACGGAAAUGUGCACAUCUUGCCCGGUGUACCACGUCUCUUCGAGAAGCUUCUCGACGGUUUGAAGCCGCAUGUCACACCAAGGCUGAUUGACCCCGAGGGCAAAGGCACUCAUCGCGUGCUCUUCUCGACGCCAAUGUCCGAGAGCGCGGUGGCCGGAUAUUUGACCGAACUGGCUGCCAAGGUUGGUGAUCGCGGCAUCAAAGUGGGUAGCUACCCGAGAUGGGAAAACAAGCGCAACACUGUGACCCUGGUCGGGAGGGACCUUGCGUACAUGGAGAGCCUCGUGCCCGAAGUAGAGAAGAAUAUCAACGGCAAGCGCGUACAGACCGAAGGUGAAGACGACACAGGGGAUGAAGCGGAGGCCAAGCCUUAAAGCUGAUGUGCACCGAACCUGCUUGUGUAAUAUCGAUACAAAUCUAUUCAAAAGUCAAUAGUACGUCCGUACAUACCUUGGAUGUCUAGCGUGUCGCAUCAUGGAGGCACCUGGUCCUAGUCCUGAUCCUGGCCCUGGCUAUUGAACCACAAGAAGGAUCGUGCACGACUCGCGAAGUGCGCGCGCUAAUUCGAGACAUGACCAGUCCAGAUCGUGCUGGACUCAGGUCCCUGGCCGCCUAGCCAUC